AUGGGCAACGACGCUGGGCCGAAGCUCGAGUCCGCUGCCAUGUCGACUGCCAACAUGUCCAACUCUCCUCCUUCUACCGACCCAGAUGUUACUGCUCCCCAGGGCGAUGACACUGAGGCCUCGACUAUCACCGUCAACACCAAGACUCCGACUGCAAAUUUCCCUCCUCCGAAGACUGAUAAGCCUCGUCCUCAUGGCUGCACCACUUGCGGUCGUGCCUUCGCUCGGCUGGAGCAUUUGAAGAGACAUGAGAGGUCCCACACGAAGGAGAAGCCGUUUGAGUGCCCAGAGUGCAAACGCUGCUUCGCCAGGCGCGACUUGCUUCUGCGCCAUCAGCAGAAGUUGCACCAGUCCACGGCCCCCUCUGCCCGUCCUCGCAACCGCCGUGAGAGCGCAAGUGGUGUUACCAUUGGUCAGAGUCGCGCUCGCAAGAACAGCGUCGCCGGCCCGGUCCAGAGUGCCCCUCCAAACCCGGCGUCCAUGAGACCGAGGGCCAAUACCAUUAGUGUUGUUGAUAGCGCCGCUAUACAGAUGAUGGCCGGCGCUGCCAACGGCCCAGUUGCGCGCAUGCCGCCGACACACAGCCGCCACGACAGUCUGAUCGGCCUGCCUUUCCAUUAUCCUCACAACCAGUUCCCGGGCAUGUCCUCGGUCAUGGGCCACCGGGGCGUGCAGCAUGGGCUUCCAAAGCUGGAAACGAACGGGCUGAGCUACGACCAGGGCCUGCGCACUGCACCGCCCCAUGCCAUUUUCCGCAACGACUUUAUGGACAACCUGUUCGCUGCCCCGACCAUUGAUCCUCAGGCGCUCCAUGUGGGGAUGGAGUCCCCACAGUCAAUCGGCGUCGAUCCGCUUUCGCCCGCCUUCCACGGCCUGCCGGACCUAUCGACACAGGCUGCCCACUUUGGACUGGAGGACUUUUUGAUUACAGAUUUUGGCCAACAGUUGACUUUCAACAACCUUAAUGACAAUGCUGUCGACGGCUCCUCGUCCUCAGCCAUCAGCACUGCAAGCCCUGGUGGCAUGAGCGACGCCAUGAUCGACGGUUCCAACAAUCCCGUUUCAACGGCCCCAGGCACCUCCUCGGCAUGGGCGCCGGGCAUGGUCUCUCCUCAGAUGGGAAACCCUUUCAACAUCGAUUUCCCGAGCCAUGUCUUCCCUGACCUCAUGACCGGGGCGCCGGUCUCGCCACACCCAAUGCAGCACGGCAUGCUGAACGACGCCUACUUCACACCACCGCCAUCGUCGAUGAACUCGGGCUCGCCCUCCGUAAUGUCGAGUAUGAAUGCUCAGAACAUGAACCAAACGUUGAAUUUUGGUCACGGCCCGGAGACGCCGACUUCGAUCAAUGGUAGUACUCAUGGCACCUCACCCGUCUCGACAAUCACUGAUUCAACAAGAAACGCCAUCCUAGGUGCCCUGUCCACAGCCUCGCUGGGCUCGACUCUCGCCAACCGCAGAUCCUCGUUCUCGGCCCACCCCUCGACUUCUUCCGCGCAUACCAAGGGUUCGCCGGACCCCGCCAGCACUCUGCCCAGCACCCACAGCCUGCAACGAUACGUCGCCGCCUAUCUGACUUACUUCCAUCCGCACUUACCGUUCCUCCACAUCGCAACAUUGUCCUUCGAGAUCCCAGCCCCACCGGCAAAGAAUGAUUUGGGCAGUAUUGGUGGAUCCGCGUGCCUGGUGCUCUCCAUGGCCGCAAUUGGCGCCUUGUACGAGAAAGAGCAUGACCGCGCUCGAGAGUUGUUUGAGAUGGCCAAGAAGAUGAUUCAGACUUACUUGGAGCAGCGAAGGAAAGCUAACGUCCGAAAAGCCGGUUUUCGAGGAGCCUCGUCCGAGCAAGAAGCACAAGGGUUCCAUGACAAUUCUACAGACACUCCUGUGUGGCUCGUCCAGUCAAUGCUCCUCAACGUCGUCUACGGCCACAGUUGCGGGGACCAGCUGGUGGGCAAGAUCGCUGAGACGCACUGUGCUGCACUGGUCAGCUUGGCCCAGGGGGCUGAUCUGCUGCGACAACCACAGAACCAUGCCGAGCAAGACACCCAAAUGAGCGACGUCUCUGACGAGCGUGCGGAAUGGCUCAAAUGGAAAGCCCUGGAGGAGCGGAAGCGUACCCUGUACACUAUCUUCAUCCUUUCCAGUCUGCUGGUCUCUGCUUACAACCACUCCCCUGCGCUCACCAACUCCGAGAUUCUACUGGAACUGCCUUGCGAUGAAGAGUUCUUCGAAGCUGAGACUAGCACGGUCUUCAAUGCUCGCGGAGGUGUUAGCGGGGCGAACCACAAUCGCAUGACCUUCCAUGACGCCCUAGGCGACCUGUUGCGUACAAAUGAGAAACAGCGUCGUCUUUCCAUGAGCAGCGGACAUGCGUUCAGUGCUGGCGACCUUCCGCCUACAACGCUCAAGCCCAGCACAUUUGGCUGUCUUGUCUUGAUCAACGCUCUGCACAACUACAUUUGGGAGACUCGGCAGAGGCAUCAUAGCAACGUCUGGACGAACGAGGAGACGGAGAAGAUGCAUCGACACAUUGAGCCUGCUCUUAAGGCCUGGCACGCGGCAUGGGCUAGCAAUCCCCACCAUUCUGCCAAACGGCCCAACCCUUUUGGCAAGGGCCCCUUGUCUGCGGAUUGCACACCGCUGUUGGAUUUGGCUUACGUGCGUCUAUUUGUGAAUCUCUCCCGCUCCAAAGGUCAGUUCUGGGAGCGUGACUGGGAUGGUAUGGCAGAGGAGCUGGCUCGUGGGAGUGAGAUUGUCCAGCACGCAGAGCAGUCGUUGCCAUGCUCGGAGCCUGCCGUAACUGACAGCCUUGAUCAUAUGGAUACCACGGGAACCGCCGCUGGCUUGACAAACAAUCACUCUGGCCAGUCUCACAUGCAGCCUCCACUUGCUAGUCGGACGACGUCAAGACGGGAGAAGCAUUUGCGGAAGGCGGCGUACUUUGCGGCUGACUCCCUAUCAAUGUCUGACAAGAUGGACGUCACCUUUGCUGACUUCACUCGUCAGGACCUGCCGCCACAAUCUGCGUUGUGCGCUUUCGACUGUGCGCAGGUCUUGGCUGAGUGGGUUGCUACCCUGCAGGACAGAGUUGGUCAAUACCUGGGAAUUUUGGGCCAAGACGAGGUCGAGCUUUUCCAGGUCCCCGCCAUCAUGCUCCUGGAAGAGGAAGACGUUCAACUACUACGGAAGGUUCAAGAUGUUCUGGACGGCUUGGAAAAGAAAAUGGGAAUGGAAUUCCUUCGGGGCGUUGCAGGUGGUUACGCGGUCAAAAUAUUGAGAGCUACGGCCCACAUAAUGGCCAAAAGUACCGCGUGGCCUGUCUCCCGAUUAAUGAUUCAAUGUCUCGAAACCCAUGCCAGUCACAUCAAAGCUCGAGUGGACAGGUCGGUGAGACCGGUCGAGUAG